UAGAGAUGAACAAUGAUGUUUUCGGGUGAGGUUUGCAUCCGGCGCUCCUUUAUUUUCCCCCUCUCACAAACCCCAUGAAAAGCCAAACUAACAGCGGCGUCUUCAACCGAAUAAACCCCGGCCCUCUGUUUGAAACUAGCGCGUCCCCCCGCGUGCUCCUACUCGCGCCGCUGCUGCCCACAUCGCUGUUCAUAACAAAUCCGACACCAAUGGUGAAGGGGCUACCCUUCAGCUCCCUGUUCUACACCACUAGCUCGGCCCAGGACACGCCGCCGCCGUCGCCAUCGCCACCAGCAGCCGCCCCACCGGCAUGGAUGUGGCCCUCCUGCAAGCACCCAAGAACCCAGUCCUUCCGGACCCCGUCUGCCGCCGCCAAGACGAUCGCGUCCCUCUUCCUCGACUCCGGCGAGUCGUCCUUCGCCAACUCCUCCGCGUGCACGACGCGCCGCGUGGACUGCGCGUCCGACAGCCCGUCCACCGAGUCCGCGGCCUCCGCGGCCGACGACAUGGCCGACGCCAUCGUCCGCGGCCUCCGCUCCGACGACCGGCUCCUCUUCGAGCCGCAGGCGCCCUCCAGCUCCAUCCUCGACAAGAAGCCUCCCGCGCCCGCCGCGCGUCGGGCUCGGGCCACCUCGUCCUUCGGCGACAGCGUGGCCGUGGCGUUUGACUCCGCCGACCCGUACCGCGACUUCCGGGCGUCUAUGGAGGAGAUGGUGUCCGCGCACGGAGUGGGCGACUGGGAGUGGCUGGAGCGGAUGCUGGCGUGGUACCUCGGCGCCAACGGCGGGGACACCCACCCCGCCAUCGUCACCGCGUUCGUCGACCUCGUCGCCUCCAUGGCGGGGGCCUCCGCCUCCGCCUGCCCCAGCAGCUCCUCCCGCGUCUCUUCCUUCACGCUCGCCGGUAGCGAGCCGGGCGAGAGCAGCAGCGCCGGCGGCCAUUUCUCCGUCCGCCUGAGGUAAAUCGGACCAGCCGCCGGCCGCCACGGCCUCAUCAUCGUAGCAGUUUCGUCAUCAUGCAUGUACCACUCAUGUGCCAGCGAACGUGUGUGUCUGAAUGCGUGCGUUAUUUAUUUUUUCUUUUAUCUCUCUCUCUCUCUCUCUCUCUCUCUCUCUCUCUGAACUGUGAACUGCACUAGUAGCUGAUCCAGAUUGAUGAAGUUAACUGUCGUUGCUUAA